GUGUGUGUGUGUGUGUGUGUGUGUUUGGAGGAGUAAUGAUUGUGAGGGGGCGGGAGUGUUCCUGGACCCCCUCUCCUUGUCUCCUUGGUCACCCUGAUAGUCACUAACACAGACUCCCUCUUGCUCUCUCUCCCUCUCGGGCACACACACACUCACUCACUCACACACACUCACUGACACUCGCACACACACACAGGCACACUCUCAUGGCCACCACAGAGGAGCAGAUCGCUCUCUGUCCAGAUGGACCCGAACAGUCUGCGCCUGAUACCGGGCCAGGGCCUGACCACAGCCAAAGUGAAGCCCGGCACCAGCAGGCACCGCUCGACAGGGAUGAGGAGGAAGAAGAGGAGGAGGAGGAAGAAGAAGGAGCAAACUCAGUGCCCGGGUCGGAAUCCGCAAGUCCGGAACAUCCCGACCCAGACUGGGUGGAAGAACGGUUCCGGAUUGACCGGAAGAAACUUGAGACGAUGCUCUACACUCCUAAGGAUGGGAAAGGGCUGACAGGAGAAGAGUUCUUUGAAAAGGUGAUGAAGGAAACUAACACCCAGGUGAAAUGGCCUUCGAAACUCAAAAUUGGAGCCAAGUCAAAGAAAGACCCCCAUGUUAAAGUGGAAGGAAAAAAAGAAAAUGUGCAACAGGCAAAAAAGAAGAUUCUGGAACUUCUUGAGACAAAGGUCAACAAGGUCACCCUAAAAAUGGAUGUCACUCACACUGAACACUCUCACGUCAUUGGUAAAGGAGGCGGGAACAUCAAGAAAGUGAUGGAGCUCACACUGUGUCACAUCCACUUCCCCGACUCCAACCGUCACAAUGCCACCGGGGAAAAGAGCAAUCAGGUUUCUAUUGCUGGCCCAGUUGAAGGAGUGGAGGAGGCCAGGAGAAGAAUACGUGAUCUGCAGCCGCUGGUCCUGACCUUUGACCUGCCGGUGAACCUGAUUUCCGGAGUGCUGCCUGACGCGGGCUCGCCGGUGAUUCAGCACGUUGCCCAGGCGUUUGGCGUGAGUGUGAGCUUCCGGGCGCAGCCCAAGCUCUACUGCAGCAGCUGUGUGGUGCGUGGUCUGCAAGGCAACAGCACUGCCGUCAAGAAGGCCACCUGCGUACUGAUGGAGCUGCUGUUGGGGCCCGAGGCCGCCGUCUCCGGGGCAACGCCGGUGAGCGCGCAGCUGGAUGUGACCUCGCAGCAGCACCUCUUCCUCCUUGGCCAGAACGGCGCCAACUUCCUGAGCGUCAUGCACCAGACGCAGACCCAGAUCGUGUUGCCCGACCUCAGCGCCCCACAGAGUGCCCCCUCGCUCCUCAUCCAGGGCAACGCCGACGGCGUCUGCCUGGCACGCCAGCAGCUCAUGGACUGCCUGCCGGUGUGCCUGAUGUUUGACAUGAAGGAGGACGGGGAGACGGACCCGAGGAAGCUGGCCCAGAUGAUGCAGAGCCUCGGGGUCUUCAUUAGUGUCAAGCCCAAGGUCAAACAGGCGGCCAAGUCUGCGGUGGUAAAGGGCCUGGAGAGGAACAUUGCCAGUGUGUAUGAGGCCAGGCGCCUGCUGCUGGGGCUGGACUCCAGCGAGGGCUCUGGGACAACCAAGCCCAUUUGUGACCCUCUGCUGGCUGGCAACGGCCUGGCCAGCUACUGGCUCAACAUGCUAAUGCAACAGCUGCGCCUGAAUGACACUGGUGUAGUGCCCUCUUCUGAUGGCGGGAUUAGCUCGCUGUUGCCAGUUAAGCCACGCCCUUCACCUCCACCUGGUCUCUCGUCGCCGUCAGAAGAGGGGAGGAUGGGAGGGCUGAGGGGAACGGACUCCAAAUUGGAGAAGAUCCCUGAAAAUGAGGACCAGCCCGUCUUAUCAGAGGGUGAGGACGCCGGUCAUCAGAAGACUCCGGAAUUCACCGAUGUCAUGGAGGUUGUCGUGAGGACAGCAGGGUCAGUCAGAAGAGCCAGCCUAUCAGAUGCCUACAGAGACCUGAGCCAUGCGAGACUCCUGAGGGCCGAGAUGGAGCCACUGAACAGGAGGCACGACAGGCGAUGCAGCCUGAGGUUCACCCCCUCUCUGGAGACAUGCUCAAACGCCAGCAACAACGAGGAUGAAUACCAUGACUAUGAGAGGAAGAAACAGCUCGCAAACCAAGCUAUGCAGAAGAAGCCGGUGGUGACGGAGGUGCGCACCCCCACAGACACCUGGAGUGGCCUGGGCUUCUCCAAGUCCAUGCCGGCCGAGGCCCUCAAGGAGCUGCGCUCCGUCAGUCGCCGCUCCUACCGCUCCUACCUGGGCAGCCAGCAGCCAUCAUGGACACAGGCAAGUGUAAAGGAUCGGAUGUGUAACGGCAGCGACUCCGAGAACUGGAGAGAGCGGCGAGGCUCGGCAUCAUCAGCGUCUUCUGCCACUUCUUCGUCACCUUCAUCCUCAUCAUCCUCCUCUCCCUCCUACUCAUCCCCCGCUACCUCCAGCUCACUAUUUGGGUCUGCAGCAAGCAGAGGGCAUGUUGACAAACCCUCUGAGAGCAACUCCAACUGCGGCCACCAUUUUGAGGUGAUGUCCUCAGCAGGCAGACCUGGGACAGGUGGAGCCCCGGGCCACCUCCCCGAGCCGGACGAUGACCUUCCUGAGCUGCUGAGCCAGCUGGGUCUGGCCAAAUACAUUGAUGUGUUUCAGCAGCAGGAGAUUGAUUUUCAGACAUUUCUGACCCUGUCAGAUGAGGACCUGAAAGAAGUGGGUGUGUUGACGUUUGGCGCACGGAGAAAGAUGCUUCUGGCUAUCACAGACCUUAAUAAAAAUAAGAAGAAAGGACUGGAGCCACCCGCAGUGAAGGCGGGGUACCUGGAGGGUGGGGCCAGUGGGCGACUGCCUCGAAUCGUGGAUGUGGACAUAGCGGCUCAGAGCAACCAUUGGUGAGGGGACCUGUCAAUCAUCAGCAAUCAACACUGGCAGACCAGGACCCUAGUUAUCCAGAAUAGAAGCCUCUGAAAGGAAACUGCAGAUGCAAAUGCUGAUUUGAUAUCAUCUCUGAAGCUGGUGCUGACUGAGCUAUGGACUGUGUUGACAAAGUGUAAUGCAUUAGGCAUAUGUGAAGACAUGUUUCUUUCCUAGAAUCUUUUUAUCUUUUAUAAUACAUGCAAUCUUUGUUUUUCCUUCUUUUUCAUUUCAUUUAUAUGUGAAUUCAGGCCUUGUGCCAUAUGCAGUGUACAGAAACAAAAAUGGGAAUGCAUCCUGAAAGCGAUUAAAAGUCCUUAGUGAUGCCAGCUCUUUUUUCUA